AUGGGUCAAAUCUCCGUUAAAGUUGGAGGACUUCUGGUGUUCCUAUUAUUCGCUUUCUGCGGAUCCGUGAAGGCUGUGGGAGAUGGAUCGGAAGAUCAAAAUAAUGGAUUUGCGGGCCAUCCGCCACCUUUCUUCACAUGCAGUAUCAACAACUAUUUCCUCUACACAAUUGCCAAAGAGAAUGAAGAGGGUAGUGGCGAGUCUGCCUUCGCUGCAAUCGUGGCGAAGAUCUUUCAAGAAACGGGCAUUCGCGGUGUUGUUGUGAACAAGAGAAUAAUAAAUGUCGUUCGGAAAAAGAUUGGGUCGCUGUGUGCCGAACUCAAAAGAGUCAAGAAGAAAAGUGGAGGUUUCGGUGUCAAAAGAAUCAUAAACAAAUGGCGUGACCAAACUUAUGAGGUGAAGAUAUUUUAUCACGAACUUCACAAAUACGUUAUCGAAAAGGAGAAUCAGGAUUUACGAGGGAAGAAACGAACACUGGAAGAAUCUUUAGCGAAUGAAACAACUAAGCGACAGAAACUCGAGAAAAAACUCGGCGACACAGAGAGGAGCUGCAAUUAUCUGAAAAAAAGGUUUCAAAAUCUUGUUAAAAAAGUUGAGAAGAAGAACAAGAAAGGAAUUAGGGGCCCUGAAAAAAAGUCAUUUGCUGAGUAUUCAAAGCAGCACCAAAGCAGGAUUAAAAAUAAAAUGAAAGAGGAAUGUCAGGCCACUCUUACUUUCCUUGGAUUGUACAAUUUUAUGGCCACCAAAGUUGAAGUGUUUAACACUGACACAGAACAGUAUGACACUUUUAACUUAAUUGAUGAGGAACAAAUGCAACAAUCGGACACUGAGGGAAAUGAAAUAACUGACACCCAGGCUGAUGACAUCAACUACUGGAUUUACAUCAAGGACAAAUUCAAUAUUUCCAAUGAUGCAUGGCAUGAAAUGGCAUUGAGAUCUAAAACAAUACCAAAUACUUACAAGACAACUCGAAAGAUAAAUGAAUUAAACCAGCAAUGGAAAAUAAGAGAUACCCCUGGUCAAGCAGAAGGGGUGCAAAUCAGCUUCAAAGAAAGCCUCAAGGAACAAAUUGCCAACUUACAAAGGAAAGGAGAUUUAGAAGGAGAUACCAUUGGGGUGAAGAUAAGUGGAGAUGGCACAAACAUUGGAAAAAGACUUAAGCUAGUAAAUGUAACAUAUACAAUUUUAAAUGAGAAAGAGGCUGCAAUGAGUGAGAAGGGCAAUUAUGUUCUGGCUAUACUCAAGACAAGUGAAAACUAUGACAAUCUGAAGGAAAGUCUCUCUGAUUUAACACAAGAAAUGUCGAAAUUAAAUAAGGUAACAGUUGAGGGUAAAACCUAUAAUAUUGAAUACUUUCUCGGUGGGGAUUGGAAGUUCCUGGCAUGUGUCUGUGGGUUGGGGGCUGCUAACCAAGACUACGCCUGUAUCUGGUGCAAAUGCCCUCGCAACCAGAGACAUGACAUCCAAAGGGUAUGGUCACUUUCUAACAGUGCUCAGGGUACCAGAUCACUGGAGGAAAUUUCAAGCUUUGCCAAAUCAAAAAAGUUUAAUUGCAAAGCAACUCCAUUAUUUAAUUUCAUACCAAUUGAUCAUGUCAUUAUUGAUACCUUACAUUUAUUUCUCCGCAUAUCAGAUAAUUUAACAGAACUUUUAAUCAGGGAAUUAAGGAGAAAGGAUGCUUGUGAGAAGAUAACAACAUUUCACAAUGGUUUUUCUCGAGAGAAAUUUAAACAUAUGGCAGCAUAUGAAACGUUUCUCAAAACCCUUGGCAUUUCUUUUGAGUGGAGAAUAAACAAAGACACAAAAAAACUGGACUAUAGAGAUCUCACGGGUCCUGAAAAACUAAAGGUCAUGCAAAAUAUUCAGUUCUCUUCUCUUUUGCCUGGUUACAACAAUUCAGAAAAGCUUCAUUUACUAUGGGGUGGGUUCAUGGACAUCAUUGGUGAUUUAAAACUUGAUUUUCCAACAGAUCAGUCAAUUGAUCACCUUAAAGAAAAAAUUGAGGGAUGGUUUAAGAUUUUCUUGUCUCUAUACCAAGCCAAAGAUAUCACACCAUAUAUGCAUGCCCUAUAUUUUCAUGUUCCUGAGUUUUUAAAGUUGUAUAAAAACAUUGCAUAUUUUAAUCAGCAGGGUAUGGAGAAAUAUAAUGAUGUAGCUUCUAAGAAUUACUUUAGAUCCUCUAACCACAGAGGAAUUUCUGCUUUGCGACAGCUUCUCUUAAAGAAAUACAGAAUUCAAUUUUUGGAAGCAGCAGGGUAUGAGAGGGUGAAACAGAAUUACAAAUGCAGUAACUGUUCCAGUCCAGGUCACACAAUCAAGACCUGCACCAAGCAAUGUAAACAUUGUGAUCACCGUACCUGCUGUGCACACCUUGUUAAGUGUGAAGGUAAAUGGGUCCCAAAAUGUUGUUCUGGUGCUUCAUAGAGAUACAUUUUAAAUGGUAGAGAAAAAUCGAUUCUCUGGUUACCUAGAUGUAUCACAGUUUUAAGUUACAAUUUGAGGCUGUUGUUUAUUUAUAGAUUACAGAAAACAAAAUCACAACCUCCAUGAUUCCACAAAAACAGCGUUUUAAAACAAGUUUCAUGAGAUAUAAAAUAAUGGAAAAAUAAUUUUGUUGCAGUGAAGCAGAAGAUGAAAACAUUUUGGGA